CGCUGUGACGCAGCGUGGGGCAAGAAACCUCCAUCCAUAUCUAUCCGGAACCCUCGAGCGAGCAACCGACACGGUUUCAACCUCGGGCUCCCUCUUUCCUCAUUCCAUUUUGUUGUGGUGGGGAUCGCCCCUGGCCCCGUGUGUGCUGCGAGAAUCUAACCUAAAAAUCUUGGUGAGAGAAGCAGGAAUCGAAACAGAGAAAAAACGAGCGAGAGAUGGCUUUGAAUCCUCAGCUGUUCGCCAACGGGAUGCCCGUCCCCUUUGUGGGCGAGAUGUUCGUGCUGGCCCGGGAUGGCGUCGAGUUUGAGAUCGACAAGAUCCCUGGAGCUCAUGGUGAUCAUGUUAAAGUGAAGGGAACUAUUUACUUGUCAAAUAUACGUAUGGUUUUCGUUGCUAGGAAACCUGUUGGAAACUUUGUGGCUUUUGAUAUGCCCCUGUUAUAUGUGCAUGGUGAAAAGUUUAACCAGCCAAUCUUUUUCUGCAACAACAUAUCUGGAUUUGUCGAACCUGUAGUUCCAGAUGAUCAGCACAGGGCUCUCUACUCCACUCAUUCCUUCAAGAUUUUGUUCAAGGAAGGUGGAUGUGGAACUUUUGUCCCUCUGUUCUUGAAUCUCAUUGCAUCUGUGAGGCAGUAUAAUCAACAAAUGGCAAAUUCUGCUCCUUCUGCUCCUCGUGUUGACCCACUACAAGCUGCUCAGACUCCAGUGGAGGACAUGAUGAGACAUGCGUAUGUCGAUCCAAGUGACCCAACCAAAAUCUUUUUGCAGCAGCCCGCUCCGGAAUCCCAAUUGAGGAGGAGAACAUACCAUUCGCAGCCUGCUGAGAACUCAUACUAAAUUUAGUGCUGCAGUUGUCUAAUGUGAUGAUACUACCACUUUUAAAUAUGAAUAAGAUUGUGAGAUCCUACCACUUUUAAAUAUGAAUAAGAUUGUGAGAUACUACCACUUUUAAAUAUGAAUAAGAUUGUGAGAUACUACCACUUUUAAAUAUGAAUAAGAUUGUGACUUUAAUGCUACUAUAGAUACUGUAUUUUCCUUUGC